CGGCGCGGAGUUACCCCACUACUAUUCGCGUAGUCAGUUGACUUGUGUACAAUUUAGCAACUUCUAUUGAAAAGGUGAAUUUUAAUUUAUAUUGAAGCUGAUAUGUGCAAGUUUUUAAUUAAUAACAAGAACAAUUUUUAAAGAUCUUGUUCUAGCAUGAAGAUUUGCAGUGUAGAGCAUAGUUCGUCUUUUUUAUGUUUUCCAUAAGUUGAAAUUACCGUUUUCUACUCCAAUUCAUAAUUGUAUUUCAAAACCCAGUAUGUAUGAGCGACGCCCAAGCAGUAGCUCUAACUCGGGCAAUGUGAGUGUGAGUUCCCCGGUAAAGACAAAAUCAGAGCCAGAAGAUUCCCCGAGUUCGCCAAAUAUAAGUAGGUAUGGGCGAUCUCACAAACCAAAAUUACAAGAGGACUUUGUGUCCACUGACAAGAAGGUCAGUGCCUAUCUUAAGUUGAGCCCAGGAAAUCAGAUUCAGUAUUUUAAUGUACAUAAAGAAGUUAAAAAGAAAGCUUCACCAAAAAAAUCUGAAGGAAAACCUGACCCAAAUACACCGAGGCGCGGAAGACCACCCAAAACACCACUAAAGAACGAAACUCCUAACGAAGAUAUGACAAAAGUAGUAAUAAAAGCAGAGCCACAAGACCCGAGUAUUCCGAUCGAGGGUUGUGAGUGGAUGGUGGGAGACCUGGCCUGGGCAAGGGUAGGAGGACACCCAUUCUGGCCGUGCAUCAUCGCUCUCGAUCCUCUGCAGAAAAUAUUCACAAAAAUCGUCCGUAAAGGGCGCAACAUGGUCAGUCAGCGUUGGAUGCAUGUCCAGUUCUUUGGUGACAACGGUCGCCGUAGUUGGCUGAACACCACUGCCAUUAUGGCCUACAAUGGACGAGAAGCUUUCUUACAGCUGGGAGAUACAAUACUUGCUGGUAUGAGGAAGAAGGAGCCCAAACAGACAUCAGCAUUUGUGAUCAAGCCAGCUGUUGUACAAGUGUGGGAGAAGGCAGUGCAGGAAGCAGAAGAUUUGAUUACCGCAUCCAGGGAACAAAGAAUAGGUUUCUUCUUAGCACAUUUCCCCCCAGCACCCCCACCACAGCUGACAACACAGCAGGUACUCAGUCAGCUGGAGUCCCCACCUAAGAAACGUGGCAGGAAACGGAAGGCGGAGCAGAGUCCACAGCAGGAGGAGGAAGUAAAGAAAAAACAGAUUAAACUGGAAGAAGUGAAUACUGAACCGGAAGCGGUGAAACCAGAACCAGAAGACCCUCUUCUGGCCACACCUCGGACAAUAGCUGACCGCAAGAGAAGACAAGCACUGUUGAUGCAGUUAGCUCGCAGCAACCAGUCGGCUAAUGCUGACAUAGCUGGUUCUCCCCCACCUAUAACUCCCACUCCUACUGAACCUGACACACCUAAAGUGGUUCUAUUGAAAAGAAAUGCUGAAACUUCGGUAGCAACUCCAGUAGAAAAAAAGAAACCAAAGAAACGAUACGUAAAGAAGAAAACUGCAGCCGAUUUCCAAGCAUUCUGCUUAAAACAUUUCGAUAGAGUAUCAGAUGACCAUCCUGAUCUCAACGAGAAGGAAAUAAAUAAGUAUUUGCAGAAGAUGUGGGACGCCAUGGAUGAAGCACAAAAAGCAAGGUAUAAACCAAGAUUUACAAGCCAAGAAAGAGAUGAGAGUGAGUCUAGUGAAGAAACACCUGAGGAAGUAGAAGGCUCUUCAGAGGAUGCUGAAGAAGAAAUCCGAUCUUCAAAAAGUAGUAGUCCAGCACCCUUAGCUGUAGCUACACCAAAAUCAACAGUUUCAAAAAGAAACAAUUGCAAAUACCUGUUUUCAGGGGCAAAAUCCGAAAAGGUUUGUCAGAUCUGUGAGAAGGCAGGGGAUACUGUCAGAUGUCGAGGACCAUGUCAAGGCUAUUACCACCCAGAUUGUAUCACCAAUCCCCCCAAGCCUGAGCUGCCUUUAGUCACCCCAACCAGGAAAACAAAGAAAGGCAGACCCAGGAAAAGCUUGGACCCAGCUGGAUCUCCUUCUUCCUCGGAUACUAGUCAAUCAGAUGGACAUAUUGAAAAUGGAAGAGUACUUGAAAAAGAUCUUAAUUCAAGGCUACCCAGUGAACGUGCAGGUCAAAAUGUAAAAGACCAGCAACAACAAAAUGUGGAUAGUGUGCCAGUGGUGGAAGUGAUAGAGCCUGAAGUGAAGCCCUCUGGGAAAGUACGGAAGGGCAGCAAAGACAGUGAGAGUGGGGAGGAAAGUGAGAGCUUCCGUUGUAAGAACUGUCUUGAAGGUCGUUCUUUGCCCUGUUUCAUCUGUCAAGAGUACAUUGAGAAGAAAAGUGGGGAUGCUAAACUUUACCGUUGUAUCACAGCUUACUGUGGGAAGGUUUAUCAUGAGGAAUGUAUAAAGUCGUGGCCACAGGCGUCGUGGAGAACCAACGGGAAUGGGAAGGGCAGCGACCGAGGUGUCUUGACCUGUCCUCAGCAUACCUGUCACACCUGUGCUUCUGACAACCCGAGCGUCAUCAAGGCUCGUUACAGCAAUGACAAGCUGGUGCGCUGUGUCCGCUGCCCCACCACUUACCACUAUGGUAACUACUGCCUCCCAGCAGGAUCUGAGAUACUUACAAACACCCAGAUCAUCUGUCCGCAGCAUUACCAACCUCCCAGGAAGGGUGUAACUCACCAUAUCAAUGCUGCUUGGUGCUUCAUAUGUGCUUCAGGAGGAUCUCUCAUCUGCUGUGACUUGUGUCCAACAUCAUUCCACGCAAGCUGUCUCAACAUCUCCACUCCUCCGGACGGUAGUUACAUCUGCGAGGACUGUCUCACUGGACGUUUUCCUCUUUAUGGCGAGAUUGUCUGGGUAAAACUGGGAGUUUACAGAUGGUGGCCUGCUGAGAUUCUGUAUCCAGCUCUGAUCCCUGAUAAUAUCCUCAACCUCCCUCAUGUACGGGGAGAGUUUGCCGUAAAGUUUUUCGGCUCACAUGACCACUACUGGAUCAACCGUGGCCGUGUCUUCCUCUAUCAAGAUGGGGACACUGCUGGGAAAAGUAAUUACAAGAAGUCGUCUGUAGACAACAUGUUCGAGAAGGCGGUGAAAGAAGCGAGUGAGGCACAGCAAAAGUAUGCAGAAGAAAAAACCACUCGUGAAGCCGGAACCAGACCUGGAAUGAAGCCACCAAACUAUGUGAAGCUGAAGACCAACAAGCCAGUGGGUAACGUGCGCAUGUUGGAAAUGAACAUAUCCAGCCUGACACCAUGUGAAUGUGACCCCAACAGCAAGGCACCAUGCGCUCCUGAGUCCGACUGCCUCAACAGGAUCUUGAUGGUUGAGUGCAACCCACAGGUUUGUCCAGCCGGUGAAAAAUGCUGCAACCAGUUGUUUGAGAAGCGACAGUACCCUCCCCUUCAGCCCUACCAGACUCAGAGCCGUGGCUGGGGACUCAGAACUCUUGUGGAUCUCAAAAAAGGUGACUUUGUAAUUGAGUAUGUGGGAGAGAUGAUUGAUGAAGAAGAGUACAAGAAAAGGCUUUCCCACAUGCACGAGAACAAUGAAGAGAACUUUUAUUUUUUGACAAUUGACAAAGAUAGGAUGCUGGAUGCUGGACCAAAGGGUAAUGUUGCAAGAUUCAUGAACCAUUCUUGCCAGCCCAACUGCGAAACACAGAAAUGGACAGUGAACGGUGAUACUCGUGUCGGCUUGUUCGCUCUCUGCGACAUCCCAGCUAACUCUGAGCUGGUGUUCAACUACAACCUCGAGAGUAUAGGCUCGGACAAGAAGCCUUGUAUGUGUGGAGCACCCAAUUGUAGUGGCUUCAUUGGUGUUAAAGCUAACAAGAAUGCCGACAAAGAAGAUAAUAAGGAGAAGAAGACAACAAAGAAAAAGAAAGUGGUUGUUAGCAAGACCCAUGAGGAGGAAUGUUUUGUCUGUGGUGAAGAGGGGGAGCUGCUUCUUUGUGAUGGUAAACAUUGCACCAAAGGCUACCAUCUCUCCUGUUUGGGCAAAAAACAGCAUCCUCAAGGCUACUGGCUGUGUCCGUGGCACCAGUGCAACAUCUGCAACAAAGGUAGAGUACGCCGUUGCACGUUUUGUGUGAACUCAUUCUGCCAAGAACACUCUGAGGGUAACAUUCGCCUCGACCCUAUGAAAGGACUUGUCUGUUUGAAACAUGAUGAGGAGAAAACAGUUGAAAAUAACAAAAGUGAGACAGGUGUUGACAGUUUAAAACCUAAACCCGAUUCAACAACAGAACCCAUUACAGUGGAAACAAAUAUAAUUGACAGUAGUGAUAACUUGACAACUUCCUCUCAAAACCAUACCGAAUCUUCAGUUAAAGAGGAUCCUACCAACAACAAUAUCGUGAUCAAAUCCAUUGACGUUCCAAAACGACGUUCAAGGAGAGCCAGGAGCUAUGCAGAGAAUAACAAACCUAAUUCAGACAAAGUAGUCAAUGGACUUGUGGGGAAAGUGUCAAAACGUAAAAAUCGGCCUUCUUCUGUUGAUGACAAACUUAUAGUUUCCUAUGAAAAGACUGAGCAUAAUGGUGAAUUGAGUCCUAAAUCCAAUAAAACCGAUGAUGAGGUUAAUGCUAGCAAUGAUGUAACAGAGUUGCUUCAUCAGGUUAUUACCAAUUUACCAAUUGAGAAUAUAGAUUCAGCUGAUAAUGACGAUACUCAAUCAGAAAUUCAUAGUGAAAAUAAAAAUGGAAAACACGGCCAAAAGCACAAUGAAUUUGAUCAACUUCACAAUAUUUCUGAUGUAUCUUCCAUGCAAGACUUAAUUUGUGAGACUGAAAGUGAUAGUGUAAACUGCAAUAAACGCAAAUUAGUUGACAGCCUAGAUACUACUAACCAAAAUGAUUUGGAUAAUCAGCCAGAAAGUAUAAAAGAUGUUGAUGACAAUGAAUGUCAUCAAAAAGGUGACAUUGUGAACUCAACUGUAAAGGGAGAGAUAAAGAAUUUUGAAGAAGAUCAAAAGAUUGAGGGUCACACUGAAACUUCAAACAAUCUAGACUCUGAAAAAUUAUCAGUUGAAGAAAGUUAUGAUAGUGAAAAAAUGAUUGUAGAUGACAUUGAAGAAGUAGUUAAUAAAGUGUCAGAAUCAACAACAGGUAACAAAGAAGAAACUCUAGUCUCGAGAAACAAUGAACAUGUUGAAGAAAAUGUUGACGAUUUUGAGUUGUCGUACUCUGAAUCGAGCAGUGAUAAAGUGUAUAAAAGUGAGUCCUCUUUAGAAAUGAAGUUAACUGACUUUAACACAUCAGAAAAGAAAAGGACAAAUGAAAAAUUGGAAGGGUUAAAUGGUAAGAGUGAGUUAUCAAAUUGCAUUGAACAAUCAAAUAAUAUAAUGGAAGUAGCUUAACUUUUUAGAUUCCCUUAAAUCUAAUAAUGUAUGAAAUGAAACCAAUAUUGAUUUGCCUUAAAUAAUAGUUAUAAAUCUUUCAAUAUUUAUUAUUUUAUGAAUAGUUGAAUGACUGCAGUUAUGUUUUACCUUACAAAGUGUUAUAAAUUAUAUAAUUAAUUUAUUAAAAAGGCGUUUUAUAUUCAAAGCUAGUUUUUAUAAACAAACAUUUUUAAUGUAAAUUAUUGUAAACUUUGAAUUUUUUCAUAUUUUAACUAGAGCAUGACUGUUGCUUUUACUACCCCAUAAAUAAACGAUUUAACAUUUCAACACCUGAUUAUUAUUUUACGUGAAAAAUAUUUGGGUUACAAUAUAUACAUUGUUGGUUUAAGCAUUUCAUCACAAUCUUGUAGAUAAGUUAUUUUCUCUUUCUAUUUUUAGUAUGUAAUUUCUUUGUUAUAACAUUUAUAUGAUUCUAUAUUUUAUAGUAGUGUGUAUAUAUAUUAAUGAGUUUUGUUUUCUUAUAAGUGGUAUUUCAUUUAUUGAUCAGAUUUUAAUUUUACUCCUUGUCAUGUUUUGUAAUCUUUAUAUUAUAAAGGACUUUUAUAAAAGUGGUAUUAGAUUUUUUUUAUUCUUUAAUGAACAGAUGUAUAAAAAUUUUGAAAAAAAGAAAAGCUAGUCUUUAUGGCAAAUCAGGCUCAGUUCUGAGAAUUUUGCUGAUUUCAAAAUAGUAUGUUGAGUUUUGACGUUUUUAAAAUAUAAAAUUGUUUUUAAAUGUAAUGUUUUUUAUAUACACAAUUCCAUCUCCAAAGUUGCAUACAAAGAGUGCUGCCUGCCUUACUAUUUUUAUAUAAGAUUUAGAUUAAAUGUUUAAUGUUACCUAGCUACCUAUUUUGUAGUUACACAGGAUUGUACUAGUGGAACUUUGUACACAAUAAAAUAUUAACUAUUUUAAAA